ACCAGGAAGCUUGUAUAGACCAGCUGGUUUUGUCGGUGUGGAACCAAGCACCCCCAUAAGUCCCACUGAACCAUGAGAGAGAGAGACAGAGAGUUGCCAAAUGCCAUUUUUUUAACGCAGGCCAAAUGCCAAUUGAACCCAAAAAAAAACAAGGGAGUUCAGUUCACUACACUUAACUGGUGGAAUAAACCACAUUCUCUAGUGUAGUUACCUAAAACAAGACCUAGAUACAAAUGUAGCUGAACAAAAAGGCACUCUUUUUUAAUUUUUUUUUUCUCGGUUAGAGAGCGAGAAAGAGGGAUAAAAGCAAGAAAAAUACAUUCAAGCACAAACGUCUUCUUACUCCAAAAGAAGUGAAUCACACAUAUUAUUUCUCUGGUGCUUUGUUGACUGCAAGGAAAGGGAGGAAAAAAAAAAGUAAGAGAAAGAUACCCCAAAGUCGGGAACCAAAUGUUUAGGUUUCAAGAAAAAAAAUCUCAACCUGACGCCAUUACUGAUGAAAUGAAUCCAUUGUAGUUCUUCAAUUGCUGGAUCUAUGAGGAGGAGGAGGAUACGGUGGAGAUUCAGAAUAGAAAGGGAAAUCAAAAUGUUGUGAUGUGAGAAUUAGUCUGUGAUUCCAUAUUUGUUUUAGAGCGAUAAAUUUCUUGUUUAUUUGUUGGGGGCAUUGACCAUUUUUAAUUGAUUGGAGAGAGGAAGUGAUGGAGUCUCGAAUGGAUCAGUAUGAGAUCAUGGAGCAGAUCGGUCGCGGUGCUUUUGGCGCUGCCAUUCUCGUUCAUCACAAAUCCGAGAAGAAGAAGUAUGUGUUGAAGAAGAUCCGACUUGCACGGCAAACUGAACGAUGCAGGAGAUCUGCUCAUCAAGAAAUGGCUCUUAUCGCGCGGAUUCAACACCCUUACAUUGUAGAAUUCAAAGAAGCAUGGGUUGAGAAGGGUUGCUACGUUUGCAUUGUCACUGGAUACUGUGAAGGAGGUGACAUGGCUGAAUUAAUGAAAAAAUCAAAUGGGGUAUAUUUUCCUGAGGAGAAACUCUGCAAGUGGUUUACACAACUACUGUUAGCUGUUGAAUAUCUGCAUGCGAAUUUUGUUCUGCAUCGUGACCUGAAAUGUUCCAACAUCUUUCUUACCAAAGAACAGGAUGUUCGCCUUGGUGAUUUUGGACUUGCCAAAACUUUGAAAGCAGAUGACUUGGCCUCCUCGGUGGUUGGGACUCCCAAUUAUAUGUGUCCUGAGCUCCUUGCGGAUAUUCCUUAUGGUUUCAAAUCAGACAUUUGGUCUUUGGGAUGCUGUAUGUAUGAGAUGGCUGCUCAUCGCCCUGCCUUUAAAGCUUUUGACAUGGCAGGACUGAUAAGUAAGAUAAAUCGUUCCUCAAUUGGCCCUUUGCCUUCUUGCUACUCUCCAGCCUUGAAAACAUUAAUCAAAGGCAUGCUGAGAAAGAACCCUGAGCAUCGACCUAGUGCAUCAGAGGUUUUAAAGCAUCCUUACUUGCAGCCUUAUGUUGAUCAGUAUCGUCCAUCCUUCACUCCCCCAACGACCUGUUCUCCUGAGAAGCCCUUUUCUACCUGUCAGGAUUCUCGGAAAAAUAUGGCUGAAAGCCAGAACAGUAAUAGUUCUAGUAGCGAUAAAGAUGGUUUGCUUUCCAGUGAUAGAAAUGUCCAAGUAAUGGUCUCAAAUUGUGAGCACAAAGCCAGUGAUACAGAUUUAGCUUCUAUUGAUGAUGAAGAUGAUGAUGACCAGAACAUGCGAAGCAAAGAAGGGAGCAGCCCCACCUUAUGCACCGUUAAAAUGGAUGAAAAUAGGGUGGUGAAACCUUAUCAUGAUGAACAUGGAUCCAAUGUUGAAUCAAAGCAACCAAAGACCAUUAAAAGUAUUAUGAUGGCCUUAAAAGAAGGAAAAGCUAGAGAAAAUGGUUCUCCAAUGAGAGGUAACCGUAUAAAGGUUGCAGGUUCUCAAAGAAGUAACACUGAAGUGCCUCCCAAAGUUCAGAAACCCAGUGCCCUUAUUUCUUGUUUGAAGUCUAAUGCAGACACACCUACAAUUUCUCCAUCAAAGGUUGCUUUUGAUUCUGCAAAGCGGGUUCAGGGAUCACAUCAUUCAAAGCAGCAGUUACCCAUAAUUGACUCUACACCAAAAGCAAAACCUAGACAUGAUGGUAUUCCUUCAUCUGUUCCAUUAAAGCAUGUUGAUGAUGGGCUUCCUGCAAAGCAAAGGCAAAAAACUCCUCCUUCCAAUCUGGUUAGGCGAUGUGCAUUUCCUGGACGGACAAGACAGGUGGGAACUGAUGUUCCAAAUGGCGUCACUCACACCAUUAAGUUAAGUCCAACUGAGAUGACCCAAGCACCUGAAAAUCCUCAGUAUCAAGUUCAUGAUGGUCCUCUUUUACAUUAUCCAAAGGAGGUCAGAGAGGAGACUCGGACUGCUAUAUUUGGAGCUUCCAGAGGAGUGCAAACAGAUAGCAGUAAUUCUGUCUCGUCUUCAGUGUCAGUCCAAGCAUUUGAGCUUUGUGAUGAUGCAACAACUCCAUUGGUUGACAUGACAGAACAGACACUUCCUGAUGUUGAGCUCACAAAGAACAUAGAAUUACAUCCACCCAGCUGCUCAGUUGCUUCCCUUUCGGAUUCCAAGUCAUCAAAUUUGUCUGGAGAAAACUGUGAAUACGCUUAUAAAUCUGUAACGCAUUCAUCUGAAACCUCAAAGCCUGUGGUGGUCCUUUAUCCUCAGAAAAAUACUGUUGUUUGUGAUGGAAAAGUGAGUUCAAGUGCUACUCUGGAUCCAUCAGUCACAAGUUUUGAAGAAAUUUCGAUUUGUGAAGAUAAUAUCAUUACAAGUAGGCCUGAUACUGUGCCACAAUCAAAUCUUGCAUCUAGAUCAAGUGGUGGUGACAAGUUCACUGUAAGAGAACUUCUAUCAUCAGUUCAGGAGACUGCUUCUUCAAUUGCCUCAGUGACAUCUUCUAGCCCAAAGAAUUUGCAGCCAGAGAAAGGAGUCAUUUUGCAAAACCCAAUGACUGAGAAGCCAAGUGCUGCCCAACUUCCUGCUGCUUUUGAUGAUGUUAUACAUGUUAUUAGACACAGUAGUUUUCGUGUUGGGAGUGAACAGCCAGUUAUGGAAACCGUGGAGAUGGGAGUUCAAAAUGUGGAUGUUGGAAAGCUAUUGAAUGUAGUAAGAGAUGAAUUAGAGGCGAGAAAUAUGACUACACCUGUGACUCUUAAAUCAUCAAGUUGCUCUGAAACUAUGAAAUCAAAUAUGUCAGAUCAUUCUUUGAGAUCAAAUAUUUCAGAUCAUUCUGGCACUAAGGAAAUGGAUAAUAAAAAUGUGGUUCCUCCAGUUCCAAAAUCAGGUACUUCUGAGCCAACAAAACCUACCUCCCUGGUUAUGGAAGAGGAAGCACACGCAAAGGAAACUUUAGAUGUUAAGUCCUUUAGGCAGAGGGCAGAAGCACUUGAGGGGCUUCUAGAAUUGUCUGCUGAGUUGUUGGAGCAAAACAGAUUGGAAGAGCUUGCUGUGGUUUUGAAACCUUUCGGGAAAGACAAGGUUUCUCCGAGGGAGACAGCUAUCUGGUUAGCAAAGAGUCUUAAAGGAAUGGUAUUGAAGACAAUGGAUGGAGCUCAUGAAUCAUGAUAGCUGUGAUUGGUGCAAAGAUAGCAGGUGGAAUGAGCUUUGGUGGAAGACUUGCUAAGCAGGCGAGACUUGUCAUGUUGACGCUGGAGAAUAGACUUGCUGGCAGGCUGACUUGUCAAGAAGCACGACCUGGUGACGGGACCUUGUGCAGGAGUGACCUGGACACUCGGCAGGUCUACGAAGUACUCGACAGUCCAAAAACAGGCAGGGGUACUUGGAGCUCGAAAGCCCGAAGUGCACAGACCUGCAUUGCCCCGGUCGGCAUUGGCAGGUGCUAAACAUAUGUGAAACAGGGCUAGUACGCGUGAAUUAGAAGUUUGGAUUCUGCAUGGCCCAGGCCGGCAAUGGCAGGUGCUAAACAUAUGUGAAAUAGGGCUAGUACGCGUGAGAGAAGUUUGGAUUUUAAGAAGCUAUAGGAGAAUCCAGCGCCCAAGAAAGAGGGCGACAACAGUUUUGGGAGAAGUACUUGGGAGUUACAAUCCGCGAGAAUUGUCAAAUAGCGUGUCUUCCUUUCUUUCAAAAAAAGAAGAAAUAAAUUUGUAAGUCCUUGACUAAGGCAGGUGGAGAUACAUCUAAAAGAGCUUAUCAAAGUACUAGGUAUCCAAACAAAGAAGCAAAGUUUCCAAAAGAGCUUAUCAAAGUAGCAGGUAUCCAAAUAGAGAAGCAAAGCCACCUUCAGAACAAGACAAAUGAUCAAAGAUUGUACAGUUGUCUUCCUUUGGUCAUUUAUUUAACCUUUAGCAUGCAAUGGCCAAUGCAGUAAACUUUCUUAACUUUAUUCAUAAAAAUAAGAUGAAUUCCAUAUUAAUCAAAAC